AUGGCUUCCUCAUCAAACAACAAUUUUUAUGAAAAUUCUCUUGAUGAUACUUUUGAUGAAUUUGACCAAACGAUUGAGAAUGUGUUUGAAACCGCGGUUGAUGCCGCUUUGGAGUAUCAAGCACCAACAAAAGCAAAGAAGAAACGUGCCUACAUUGAAAGACAACGUGAAAUAGGCGACCAACAGUUGUGGAACGACUACUUCCGUGAAGAUGCAACAUAUCCGCCACAUAUUUUCAGACGCCGUUUUAGGAUGAACAAACCGCUUUUCAUGCAUAUUGUCGAGCGACUUUCCGAAGAAGUUUCUUUUUUCCAAAAAAAAAGAGAUGCUACUGGAAGGUACGGUCUAUCUGCAAUACAAAAAUGUACGGCAGCAAUUCGGAUUUUGGCGUAUGGUUAUGCUUCUGAUGCAGUUGACGAAUACCUACGCCUUGGAGAAACAACUGCACUUAGGUGUUUGGAAAAUUUGUUGAAGGGAUCAUCAAUGUAUUCGGGAAAGAAUAUCUAA